AUGGCAGUGCCGCUCGCUGGUGGAGGAUGCAGGGAGUGGCGGCGCUGCUCGCUGAUGGAGGAGGCAGGGGAGGGCGACACGGCUUGUUGGUGGAUGAGGCAGGGGAGGGCGGCGCUGCUCGCUGGCGGAAGAGCUCGGGCUGAGGUCGACGGAGGCCAUGGCGGGGAGGAGCUCAGGCGGAGGUCGGCGCCGGCCAUGGAGGGGAGGAGCUCGGGCGAAGGUCGGCACCGGCCAUGGCGGGGAGGAGCUCGCGCGGAGGAGGCCAUGGCGUGGAGGAGUCCGGCAGUGGCCAUGUCAGGGAGGAGUUCACGCGGAGAAGGCCAUGUCAUGGAGGAGUCCGGCGGCGGCAAUGACGGGGCGGAUCUGGUCCCCCUUGGCGGCGGCCAUGGCGGGAAGCAGCCUGGCCGCAGCCAUGGUGGUAGCUCAGGCAGAGAUGGAGGAUGA